CCAGCCCUCCCUCCCAGGCCUUCAUCCUGUCUUCUUCCAUCCAUCUCCCUUUUUCUGCCUUCCCUGUUCUGGUCUCCCCUGCCUUAGUCUCCCUCAUCCUGGCUGGUUCUUUUUUCUUUGUUUUGCCCUCCUGGCUUUGUGUUCAGGAUCUCUCUCCUUGUCUGAGAUCUCUGGCCCUCCCCCUGCCCUUUUGUCUCAGAUCUCCUUGCCUGUCAGCCCCCAGGGCCGUUAAUCUUCUAGGUGGGGGGCGGGGAGCACCCACCUCCUCCAGUCCCACACUUCCGGGGCACCUGCCCUCAGGAGCCCUCCUCCCUUUGGAGAACUCUCAGCUCAGACUCCUCCUUUGCCCCUCCCCCUGCCCUGCUCACCUUUAAUUGAGAUGCUAAUGAGGCUUCUGUCGCUUCCAUCCCAGCCUGGCGGGCGGGCUCCCUGGCUGGGCCGCUGCACCUGUCAGGCGAGGGGGAGGAGAGGCUCGGCUGCCAGAUUCAACUGGAAAGGAACCAGUCCCAGUCCAGCCACAACCUGGGAGCUGGGAGCAGGAGGCCGUCCAGACCUCCUGGAGCCCUGCAGUCCCUGGGACGGACACAGCCCAGGGCCAGGGCCAGAGGCGGAGGAGAGAGCCCACUCAGACAGAGAGGGAGCAAGGCAGGGAGGAAGAGGAAGAGAGGCAGGACCAGAGAGCCUGGCACACAGACAGGAGACAGGCAAGGAAGACGAGAGCUGAGAAAGAGACCCAAAGAGAAGCAGAAAGCAGAGAGAUUGAGAGAGAGAGAGAGAGAGAGAGAGAGAGAGAGAAGAGCUGGGACACAGAGGUCCUGGAGGAAGGAGACUAAAGAUAGACUGACUAAGCAGGGCAGACUGACAGCUGAGGAGACAGAAAGGGAGGUGCUGGGACAGAACUCCGAAGGGUGCUUCUCAGGCAAGCCCAGCUACAGGUCUCCUGGCCCAGACUCCAGCAGGCUCAUGAAAGGAGAGCAGCAUGCGGAGCAGGGGCUGGGCCCCGACCCUGUGGCACCCCCGCAGCCCAAAGAGGAGGAGGAGGCCCUGAUCGAGUUCCACCGCUCCUACCGAGACCUCUUCCAGUUCUUCUGCAACAACACCACCAUCCACGGUGCCAUCCGCCUGGUGUGCUCCCAGCACAACCGCAUGAAGACGGCCUUCUGGGCUGUGCUCUGGCUCUGUGCCUUCGGCAUGAUGUACUGGCAGUUCGGCCAGCUGUUCGGGGAGUACUUCAGCUACCCCGUCAGCCUCAACAUCAACCUCAACUCGGACAAGCUCGUCUUCCCCGCCGUCACCAUCUGCACCCUCAAUCCCUACAGGUACACGCAAAUUAAAGAGGAGCUGGAGGAGCUGGACCGCAUCACAGAGCAGACGCUCUACGACCUGUACAAAUACAACUCCUCCAGCACCCUGGGGACCCACCCCCGCGGUCGUCGCGACUUGCGGGAGCCCUGGCCGCACCCCCUGCAGCGCCUGUGGGCCCCGGCCCCGCCCCCCGGGGCCCGCGGAGUCCGCAGCGCCGCCUCCAGCGUGCGGGACAAUAACCCCCAAGUGAACAGGAAGGACUGGAAGGUCGGCUUCCAGUUGUGCAACCGGAACAAAUCGGACUGCUUUUACCAGACGUACUCGUCAGGGGUGGAUGCAGUGAGGGAGUGGUACCGUUUCCACUACAUCAACAUUCUUUCUCGACUGCGGGACACUUCUCCAUCCUCGGAGGACAUGCUGGACAACUUCAUCUUUGCCUGCCGCUUCAACCAGGCCUCCUGCAAUCAGGCGAAUUACUCCCACUUUCACCACCCGAUAUAUGGGAACUGCUACACUUUCAAUGGCAAGAACAACUCUAACCUCUGGAUGUCUUCCAUGCCUGGGAUCAAAAAUGGUCUGUCCCUGACGCUGCGCACAGAGCAGAAUGACUUCAUCCCGCUGCUGUCCACAGUGACGGGGGCCAGGGUAAUGGUGCAUGGGCAGGAUGAGCCUGCCUUCAUGGACGAUGGCGGCUUUAACUUGAGACCUGGUGUGGAGACCUCCAUCAGUAUGAGGAAGGAAGCCCUGGACAGACUUGGGGGCGACUAUGGUGACUGUACCAAGAAUGGCAGUGAAGUCCCCGUGGAGAACCUUUAUCUUACCAAGUAUACACAGCAGGUGUGUAUCCACUCCUGCUUCCAGGACAGCAUGAUCAAGGAGUGUGGCUGUGCCUACAUCUUCUAUCCGUUGCCCAAGAACGCGGAGUUCUGUGACUACAGGAAGCAUAAUUCCUGGGGUUACUGUUACUAUAAGCUCCAGGAUGCCUUUUCCUCAGACCGCCUGGGGUGUUUCACCAAGUGCCGGAAGCCGUGCAGUGUGACCAGCUACCAGCUCUCUGCUGGUUACUCACGAUGGCCCUCAGUGACAUCCCAGGACUGGAUCUUCCAGAUGCUAUCCCGACAGAACAAUUAUACUAUCAACAACAAAAGAAAUGGGGUCGCCAAACUCAACAUCUUCUUCAAGGAGCUGAACUACAAAACCAAUUCUGAGUCUCCCUCUGUCACGAUGGCCACUCUCCUGUCCAACUUGGGCAGCCAGUGGAGCCUGUGGUUCGGCUCCUCGGUGCUGUCUGUGGUGGAGAUGGCUGAACUCAUCUUUGACCUCCUGGUCAUCACGUUCCUCAUGCUGCUCCGGAGGUUCCGAAGCCGAUACUGGUCUCCAGGCCGAGGGGGCAGGGGUGCCCAGGAAGUGGCCUCCACUCCAGCUUCCUCCCUCCCGUCCCAUUUCUGCCCCCACUCCACAUCCCUACCAGGCCCUGCUACCUCCCCGGCCUUGAUGGCCCCUCCGCCUGCCUAUGCCACUCUGGGUCCCUGCCCAUCUCCCUCCAACUUGGUGGAGGCCAGCUCCUCUGCCUAUACUCUGGGGGAGCCUUGAGAGGGAAGGAAAGUGCCCUCCCCCCACAAGGCAGGCGCUUCCCCUGGUGGGAGGGGAGCAGGCUUGGCAGGAUUAAAGAAUGUCUUGGGACUUCCUCUCA